AUGAUCAGAGAGAAUAUGAAGGUUUCUCAGAGUCGUCAGAAGAGUUACCAUGACAAGAGAAGGAAAGCGCUUGAGUUUGAGGUAAAUGAUCAUGUGUUUUUAAGAGUUAUUUCGGUAACGGAUGUUGGUAGAGCCUUGAAGUCGCGUAAGUUGAUGCCGCGUUUUAUUGGUCCGUAUCAGAUUUCCGAGAAAGUAGGUGAUGUGGCUUAUUGGAUUACGUUGCCACCGUCACUUGCUAAUCUCCAUGAUGUGUUUCACGUGUCUCAAUUGAGGAGAUACAUUGUGGAUCCUUCGCAUGUUGUCCAAUUAGAUGAUAUUGAGGUUAGAGAUAAUUUGACCGUGGAGAAUUACCUAUGCGGAUAG